CGGCCGGCGGCAAAGCGGCUGCCGCCGUGGGAAGUCGCCGCGAGGUCCCGCCGGGUCGGCGCGGUGCGGCAUGGAGCCGGUGCCCCGCGAGGAGAAGCCUAACCCGCUGCAGGAUGCCAACCUCUGCUCCCGGCUUUUCUUUUGGUGGCUGAAUCCCUUAUUUAUUAUUGGCCAUAAACGGAAGCUUGAAGAAGAUGAUAUGUAUAAAGUGCUGCCAGAAGAUUCCUCAGAGAAGCUUGGAGAGGAAUUGCAGUGGUACUGGGAUAAAGAGGUGCAGAAAGCAAAAAAGAGGGGGAAAACACCACAUUUAACAAAAGCCAUUAUUCUUUGCUACUGGAAAUCGUAUUUAGUUUUUGGAAUUUUCACAAUGAUUGAGGAAACCCUCAAAAUAAUUCAGCCAAUAUUUUUGGGGAAAAUUAUUAAUUAUUUUGAAAACUAUGAUUUCUCAGAUGAGAUAGCUUUGAAGUUUGCAUAUUGCUACGCAGCUGCUCUGUCUGUGUGCACGCUUAUUCUAGCUAUAAUGCACCACUUAUACUUCUAUCAUGUACAGCGGGCUGGCAUGAAGCUGAGGGUAGCGAUGUGUCAUAUGAUUUAUCGAAAGGCACUUCGUCUCAGUAAUGUAGCUAUGGCGAAAACUACCACUGGUCAGAUAGUAAAUCUUCUGUCAAAUGAUGUGAACAAAUUUGAUCAGGUAACGAUUUUUUUGCACUUCUUAUGGGCUGGACCAAUUCAAGCUGUAGCAGUAACAGUUCUUCUCUGGAUGGAGAUAGGCCCAUCGUGUCUUGCAGGAAUGGCGGUUCUGAUUAUUCUUCUUCCUGUCCAGACCUGCAUUGGGAGGCUUUUUUCUUCCCUAAGAAGCAAGACUGCGACCUUAACAGAUGUCAGGAUUAGGACCAUGAAUGAAGUUAUAAGUGGUAUGAGGAUAAUAAAGAUGUAUGCUUGGGAAAAAUCAUUUGCGGAACUUGUGAAUGGUUUAAGAAGGAAGGAGAUUGCCAUGGUUCUGAAAAGCUCCUACCUCCGAGGACUGAACUUAGCUUCUUUCUUUGUGGCAAGCAAAAUAACAGUAUUCAUGACUUUCAUGGCAUAUGUACUACUUGGCAAUGAUAUCUCUGCAAGUCGGGUGUUUGUUGCAGUGUCCCUGUAUGGUGCAGUAAGACUGACUGUAACUCUGUUCUUCCCUGCGGCUGUUGAGAGAGUAUCCGAGGCAGUGGUUAGCAUACGACGAAUCAAGAACUUUCUGGUCCUUGAUGAGGUCUCGCACUUCCAGCCACAACUGCAUGGUAAUAAUGAGAAUAUCAUUCUUCACGUUCAGGAUUUGACUUGCUACUGGGAUAAGAGUUUAGAAAGCCCAGCACUUCAACAGCUUUCAUUUACGGUCAGACGAGGGGAAUUAUUGGCUGUGAUUGGUCCUGUAGGAGCUGGAAAAUCUUCGCUCCUAAGUGCUAUUCUUGGUGAGCUGCCUAAAGACAAAGGCUUGAUAAAUGUUACUGGAAGAAUUGCCUAUGUUUCUCAGCAGCCUUGGGUGUUUUCUGGUACAGUAAGAAGUAAUAUACUGUUUGAUAAGGAAUAUGAGAAAGAAAAAUAUGAAAAAGUUUUAAAAGUCUGUGCUCUUAAAAAGGACUUGGAAUUGUUAGCAGAUGGUGACUUAACAGUAAUAGGAGAUCGUGGAGCUACACUGAGUGGGGGACAGAAGGCCCGUGUAAAUUUGGCCAGAGCUGUGUAUCAAGAUGCAGACAUCUAUCUUUUGGAUGAUCCACUGAGUGCGGUAGAUGCUGAAGUUGGAAGACAUUUGUUUGAAAAAUGUAUUUGUCAGGCCUUACAUCAGAAGAUCUCUGUUUUGGUCACUCACCAGCUGCAAUAUCUCCGUGCUGCAAAUCAGAUUCUAAUUUUAAAAGAUGGUAAAAUGGUGGGGAAAGGUACCUAUUCAGAGUUCCUGAGAUCUGGCAUCGACUUUGCUUCCCUUUUGAAAAAAGAUGAGGAGAUAGAACAGCCAUCGGUUCCAGGAACCCCUAACCUGAAAUCUGCCCGGAGCCGAACUUUCUCGGAGUCGUCUGUCUGGUCCCAGGAUUCUUCUGUUCACUCACAGAAAGAUGGAGCAGUGGAACAACCACCUGCUGAAAAUACACUGGCUGCAUUGCCAGAGGAGAGUCGCUCUGAGGGAAAAAUAACCUUUAAGGCUUACAGAAAAUACUUCACCGCGGGAGCAAAUUAUUUUGUGAUUUUUAUACUUCUGGUAUUCAAUAUUUUGGCACAGGUGGCAUAUGUGCUUCAGGACUGGUGGCUUUCUUACUGGGCAAAUCAUCAAGAAAAGUUGAAUGUCACAACAAACGGAAAUAAUGGAGCAAAUGAGACUGAACAUCUAGACCUUAAUUUUUAUUUGGGAAUUUAUGCAGGUUUAACGGUAGCUACAAUACUGUUUGGCAUAAUAAGAAGUCUUCUGGUGUUUCAAGUUCUCGUUAAUUCUGGUCAAAAUUUGCACAACAAAAUGUUUCAAGCUAUUUUGAAGGCUCCUGUCUUGUUUUUUGACAGAAAUCCUAUAGGAAGAAUCUUAAAUCGUUUCUCCAAAGAUAUUGGCCACCUGGAUGACUUGCUUCCAUUGACAUUUUUGGACUUUGUGCAGACUCUCCUACAGAUUUUUGGUGUGGUGGCUGUGGCUGUGGCAGUGAUUCCUUGGAUACUCAUUCCCUUAAUUCCAUUAUUUGUUCUUUUCAUUUUUCUUCGACGUUAUUUCUUAGACACUUCAAGAGAUAUCAAACGUCUAGAAUCCACAACUCGAAGUCCAGUGUUCUCCCACUUGUCGUCAUCCCUCCAGGGGCUUUGGACUAUUCGGGCUUUGAAAGCCGAGGAAAGGUUUCAAAAAUUAUUUGAUGCACACCAAGACCUCCACUCAGAGGCCUGGUUUCUAUUUUUGACGACCUCGAGGUGGUUUGCUGUGCGUCUGGAUGCCAUCUGUGCCAUUUUUGUUAUAGUGGUUGCUUUUGGUUCCCUGCUUCUUGCCAAGACCUUGAAUGCAGGGCAGGUUGGUUUGGCACUAUCCUAUGCAAUCACCCUCAUGGGAACGUUCCAGUGGGGCGUUAGGCAAAGCGCUGAAGUUGAAAACCUGAUGAUAUCAGUAGAAAGAGUAAUGGAAUACACAGAACUUGAAAAAGAAGCUCCUUGGGAGACCAACAAGCACCCACCACCUGAAUGGCCAAGUCAAGGAAUGAUAGCAUUUGAAAAUGUUAACUUCACUUACAGCCUAGAUGGACCUUUGGUGUUAAGACAUUUGUCUGUUUUAAUUAAACCAAAAGAAAAGGUUGGAAUAGUGGGAAGAACUGGAGCUGGGAAAAGCUCUCUGAUAGCAGCCCUCUUUCGUUUGGCGGAACCCGAUGGAAAGAUUUGGAUUGAUAAGUACUUGACAUCAGAACUAGGACUCCAUGACUUGCGGAAGAAAAUUUCAAUUAUACCUCAGGAGCCUGUUUUAUUCACUGGAACUAUGAGGAAAAACUUAGAUCCUUUCAAUGAAUACACUGAUGAAGAGCUGUGGAAUGCCUUGGAAGAGGUGCAACUGAAGGAGGUUGUGGAAGAUCUACCUAAUAAAAUGGAGACGCAGCUGGCGGAAUCUGGGUCUAAUUUUAGCGUUGGUCAGAGACAGCUGGUGUGUCUUGCCAGAGCGGUUCUAAAAAAAAAUCGGAUCCUUAUCAUUGAUGAAGCAACAGCAAAUGUGGACCCAAGAACAGAUGAAUUCAUUCAAAAGACAAUCCGUGAAAAGUUUGCUCACUGCACAGUGCUGACCAUUGCACACCGCUUGAACACUAUUAUUGACAGUGACAGGAUUAUGGUUUUGGAUGCAGGAAGACUGAAAGAAUAUGGUGAACCUUACAUUUUGCUGCAAGAGCAAGAUGGCUUGUUUUACAAAAUGGUGCAACAAGUGGGCAAGACUGAAGCGGCUUCUCUGAUUGAAACAGCAAAACGGGUGUACUUCAGUAAGAAUUACCCAGAAGUAGUUCAGAAUGGUCAACCUGCCACAGAUUCCUCCUUGGAUCCUUCCUCAGGAUUAUGCAUAACUGAAACUGCACUGUGAUUCCUAAUAACCAUAACUGUUUUCCAUAGAAUGUAAAGCUGAGAUCAUCUAAACUCAGUGGCAACGUUUGCAAGUAUCAACGGGAGAGGAAAGGGAGGGGGUAAUUCUUUGCACUGGACAUCCUUCCUAUUUAAUACUGAGAAGAAAGUUUUUGCUGUCCCUCUUUCUUUAAUUUCAGUGCAAUAUGUUUUUCUUUCCACCUGAUUAUGUUUGUACUGCUAAGGAAAUUAGGCAGACUUAGUUUUUAUUUGAAAGUUAUGUGGCAGAGAUCUCUUUUAUUUAAACAGGUGCAGGACACCUAACAGGUCUAGGGUGCAUAUUUGAGGCUUAUCAAAAAAAAAUUGGAAUGUGUCCUUUUUCUCGUUUGGAAAUAUUUUGAGAGCAAGAAAAAACAACAUAUUUUCAGUGUCACUUUAGCACGACAGCUAUGUCUAAACAGCAGAUUCAGUAGCGUACAACUUAAUUGUCUAAUGCAAAUGUCCUUCUACCUGUCAGAAGUAGCUAUGCAGGUUGGCAGAAAAAAAGAACAAGCCAAAAAUACUUUUUAUUUUUGCUAGCAAAAAAUGCUAUAUACUUUUUUUUAUAAAGAAUUCAAAUAAUGCUGUUCAAGGUGAAUGUAAAUAUUAGUUUUAUUUUGCUAAAAUCCAAAUGCUGAAAAAUCAGUCUCAAUCUUCUAUACUUUAGAAGAAAAUCGCCACAUUUGCACUGAAGAAAUAUUUAAAUAAUUUAACAUGCAUUCCUCUUUUUAUCCAGGUUAUCAAAGGAAAAAAGGUAUUAAAAUAACUUGAGGAAACGUUUGAAUGACAUGUCAUUAUACCUAAAUACGGUGUAGUACAAAGUUAUCUUCAACACAACACAUUGAAAUGUAUACAUUAUUUGCAUUUAUUGUGCCUUAAUAUUUGUGCCUUCAAGCCAAAGCUGUAACUGCAGGGUACACAACAAAUUCAUUAAAUAUAUGUUAAAAAUAUUUAACCUUAGUAUAUUUAAAGUUUUGCAUCAGGGGUUCCGUUGAACGCGAGCUGUUUGAAGUUACCAUCCUACCGGAACAGGAAGAAAAGUAUAACCUGAAUGUUGUUGCUGAUAGUAAGAGGAAUGCAGUGAGAGAGAGAGGUUUGGCGUUCAUAAGUUAAGUCCUGAUUCAGCAAAGCACUUUAACACAAGGGCACUAUUCCCAUGCUUAAAAAAAAAAACCCAUAUGCAAAUGCUAUGCUGCUUCAGAUUUUUUCAUGUUUAGUGAGAUACUUACUCUUUGAGGUCCAAUAGAAAAUAAAUCUAUUUAUCUUACUGUUUAAAAGGCACAGAAGAGACUAAAAGGCAACAGAUCUCUUCAGGACAUGGAAAAUAACGUGCUUUUUCAAAAAACACUGAAGAUGUUUGCUAUUGCCUUUGUAAGAUAAAUGUUAUUUACCCAAUAUUCACCCAGUGGUCUAAAAGCAAGACAAAUGCAAAUGUUUCUUAUUUCAAGCAGUUCUACCAGCAAAUAACUGAUUCAAAUACAGAGUUACUCCCUCCUUCCCUAGAAGUUAAGUUGUGCCAAAGCCUAUGCCUCAGAAUGAGGGCUCAUCUAGAAGGACUUCAUCCUGUGCAGGAAUCAGCCCAGCAGUGAAAGGCACAAUCAUUGUUUCCCUCUUGCAGCGUCUUCCCUGCAAUGAGGCUCAGAGGCUCACUGCCCUGCUAUGAAAUCCUGGGAGAAGAGGGGAGGACUUUUUACUACCUGCAGUGCCACCAGCCAGCUUCCCCUGGUGGGUUGGGGAGAGAAAAACAUCAGGUGUCUGCUUUGGCAGGUAACAUCCUCUUCUGUCGUUAGCAGGAGGUUAAAAAACGAAAUGUUCUUGUCUCUAGCUUUCUUUAGGCAGGUUUUAACACUUCUGUGGUGUGUGGCACACCUUACGUUAUAACAAAUCUCAUUGACAUCAAUGGAACUGAACUUCAUGGAGUGAUGCACAGCAUGACACUUGUUCUACAGCUGAUGCUAAAUAGCAGAUGGUCAUGGACAGCAGCCUGUCCCCAAAGCCAUGUUGCACAGAUUGGCUUGUGUAAGCAACACUUAUGGCUAAAUCCUUCCUAGAGCACACCAGCCACAUCCACUUUUCUGUAUCACUUGGCUCUUGGUCUUCUCCAGGCUCGUGAACUCCACUUACAGACCUAGCACGCAAUUAUUAUCUGCUGUGUUUUGCUGUAGUUUCCUUUUCAAUUCAAAUUGUCUGAAAUAAGGAUAGGGCUUUUCUGCAGCUCAGUUUGUAUUGCAGAGGUAUGUGAAGAUGUAGAGAAGUGUUUGAGUGCUUAAAUUAACGUGGGAUAAUGCUGGGGAGCUGUGUAGCGUGAAGAAAGUUCAGCCGUGUGUGAUCUUGUCUGCAACUGCCUUUUUGGAAAGGAUCCAUGGUGCAAACCACGUCCAAACUCUGCUCAAGCUUUGUCAUGGAGAGACCUGGCUGGAGUGGUUGAAAAACAGAGCUAGGUUGAGCUGACCAGUAGGGCUGUGUAGACACUUAAUGGAGUCUGAUGCUUGAGCUAGUUUGUUAACCUUUUCUGUUGAGAAGUCUGGACAUGUUCCGAGUCUAAAAGUGCUUUAUAGUAGUGAUUUCUUUUGUUUUUUAAAUAGUUAGGCCUUAUAAGAGAGUAAAUAUGGUGUAUAAUACACUGAGACUUUUAAAUACUCUAAGAGAACAGUAUGUUCUCCUGGCUAUAUACCUUGAGUUUAUUUUUUUUUUUUUAUCAGAAGAAGAUAUGCAUGCAUAAACCAAGGGUAUAAUUACAGUUUUAGUUCAUUUCAGCUCUGAAAUGAAUCUAAGGGAAGUUAUAUUUCAGAGCAGAGCUCCAAAACGCUGGCUGCUGUAAACUCACUGGUAUGAGACCCUGACAGAUCUAGCUAUCAGUCUAUAAGCUUGAAUUAAUUUGAUCCUGUAGCUUUUUGAAUGCGCACAAAAAUGUUAGGUAUCUCUGAAAAUGCUGAUUCUACUUUUUCACGUGUUUUAGCAGGAUUUUACUAGCUGUGGGUAUCAAAUAUCAGUAGAAGAGAAGAGAUGACAAUUUUUUUUAAAAAAAAUCACGCUUGAAGCCCUUAAAUUGUUGAGUAGAACAACUGGUAGCGAGUCAUACAUGUCUGUCAUCGGCGUUACAUCCAUUUUUUAGUUUAAAGUAACAAAAAUACUUUAACCAGAAUAUAGGUUUUAGAUUCUUACAUUGUUUAUAGUUGUUUUGUGUAGGUGACUGUUGGCUAAGAUUGACUGUUCUGUUUAGUUUCAGUUGAGUAAAAAAGUUCAAUGUACCUGAAUGGCAAAACUCAGAUCAGGGGUGAGAAAAGCCUUCCUUUGGUGAAAGCCUUGCUCUGUUAAAUGGACAAAUUAUCUUUCCAGGAAGGUGUUUUGUAUUUCCUUUUAAAGAAAAGUUCAAAUACAAAAACACUUCCACUUGGAAUAUUUUUGUGCUUUAUUUGAAAACAACAAAGCUGGUUACUGUAAGUUACAUUCCUUAUUCCUUCUUGGGAUCUUGGAAAAAGAACUCAGACUUCUGAGUUAUUCAAGCCUUUAAAGUAUUUCUUCACCAUAAGGUGCCUUAAAGUAUUCCAGAGUCUUAUUUCUAGUACACACAGUUUUCUAUAGUAAUGCUGAAAAUCAUCAGUUACGGAUCUUUGUUUGGUGUAAAAGACUAGAAACAGCCUCUACUUCUGAUCUCAAGAACUGUUCUUCAAAUGUUCGUUUUAGUAUAUCUUUACUGCACUGCUCCUCAAAAGACCACUGGGAGAGUCAAACCCAACACAUUUCUCAAGGACAGGUUAUCUCGUGUUUUGUUUAUUUUAAGGGCAGAAUUCUCUUUAGUGAACUGAACCAGAGCUCAUUUACCAGAUAGGCAUAAUCUUCUGUGAUAUCAUUCAUACUGCCCUUCGGAAGAGGGAAGAUCUUUUGACCAACAACACUAAUGGUGGUUGCUCAAGUGAUGUUGACAGUUCUCUUAACCUUCUGGAUGCAUGUUUAAAAUAAGACGGCAAAAAGAAGGGGACAAAAGAACCAAGCGGUAUAGAGGCUUUCCUGAAAAUGCUGCUUUUUAUGUUAAUCUGACCCUUUGAAAUAUCUCACUUUAAACUUUGCCUCUUUUAGGGGUGAGGGCUUGGGGUAGGUUGAAAUUGCUUAUUUCCUGUGAUGGUGAUGAGCAUCUGACACUUUAGCAGAAGAAUGUGGCUUUCUGUAUACGUUUUACAUUGUGUAACAACACACUGCUUUUUUCAUCAUUUUUAACUCCGGUUUUGUUCUGUUUUUUGCAUUCAUGUAAGAAUUUUGAUUUUGGUAUUGCUAUGAAUGAUUUCUUUUGUUGACGUUUAUGUGACAACUCCCGUUGUACAAUAAAAGACA